CAAUUUUGAUUUUCAAGUUACGUGUAUUAAGGAAAGAAGAAAUUUUGACUGCUAUGUUCUGUUUUAUGUAAAAUGCCAAAUGAAGUUACCUCGCUGCUGAAUGCUUUAAACAGUUAUAUUACCUGUCCAGUAUGCAAAGUCACUGAUGAUAUUGAAAUCGUUCUCACAUGUGGCCACGUUAUUUGUAAAAACUGCAAAACAAAGCGUACAAAAUGUUCAGUAUGUUAUAGUGAAUUAUCAGCAACUAGGUCACAUUCUCCUUCGAUAAAGUUCAUUGAAGAACUAUGUAAAGAAUUAUUGAAGGUGUCUACAGGUGAAAUCAAGAGUGUGGAGUUGGAACAUAAUGUUGGGAAUUCCAUAGUUACUCCAAAUGUGAAAGAAGACAAGCCUACAAGAAAUGAUUCUGGUACAAGUGGCAAUGAAAAAAUAAAGAAAAAAAUUAAUUUUGGAAUAAUAGAGAAUGUAGAAAUUAGUAAUGAUGUUGUUAAAGUAAUAAAUGAAGUUAACAGAUUUAGAAACAAAGAUAAAUUUAGAAAAAAUAGAAAUCAUAAGAAGGGACUGAUUUUUUAUAAAAAUUAUUGUAAACAUAAAGAAGAACGAAAAGUUUACCGAAAAAUUCUCAAAGGUUUUGGUAUAGUAGGGAUUGACAAACAGAUAAAAAAAGUUAAAUCUAAACAUGAUUUCGUUUCUAUGAAAAAAGAAUUGAAUGGGCAGUUAAAUACUAUUAUUUCACGUUUAAAUUAUCAGUGUCCCAAUAACAGUAAUUUAGAAAAUACAAAGUUUAAUAAUUCUUUGAAAAUGAAUACUGAUAGCAAUUGCUCAGAUUCAGAGAAAAACAUUCAAAUGAAUUAUGGAACAUCAAUGAAUUUUGGUGGUUCCAAAGAUGGUUUUGGCAUCAUUAAAUGUGAUUUAAAGAGGAAUGGGUUCAAUCUCAUUAACAACAGUAGUGGUUUGAAGAGAAAAAACGUUGACUCAGGCAUUGAAGAAGGUCCUCACAGUAAAGCAUUUGUGAGAAAAAUUACAAUUGUGGAUGAUUGUCUUAUCAAUUUUGAUAAAAAGUUAGGAGGCAUAGUAGAUGAAACAGAAAUAAUUCAACGAUACUUAAAUCCUCCCAUGGAAGGUCCUGGAAAGGAAGAAACUAAUGACAAAAUCAAGUCACCAUGCAAUAACCUUUGCGCAACGCAGAAUAAUUUCCUAUCAAAGAAGCCUGAAUUUCCUAAUGAAGGACCUCAUGUUACCAAUAAAACAAUUAUUGAUGAUACAACAUGUGGAAGGUUAUCUAAAUCAGAGAUUAAGAACAUUGUUUCAGAUUUUAUGGAAGAAAUUAGCCCAAGUUCUGAGGAAUGUGGUUUACAAUCAGAUAUUAUGGUGGAUAUGCUACAUAACGUUUCUAAUGAAAUUGUGGUUGUUGGAAACAAUUUAUGUACAACAGAAAAAAAUACUGAAAUCUGUAAUAAUUUAAUUAAUGCUUCUUCCUAUAGUGUAAGCAGCUCAAAAAAUCAUUCUGUUAAUAAUUGUUCUCCAUAUAAACAAAGUGAUGAUAAAACUCAUUCCAUAACAAUUAAGAUUGAAACUGAAAGCAAUGGUGAUAAUGGUGUCAUUGUAGUCUCAGACUCCGAUGAUGAUGAUGUUGAAGUUGUAAAAAAAUAUUCAGAUUUGGAAUCUUCUCGAGGAAAGGCUGAUCGGACAGAUGUUAAUUCAGAGGAGGAUAUAAGUAUUAGGAAUUGUAGAAUUGUUCUCGAUGAUUUAUCACCGUUAAUGUUACAGUCCCCAGACAAUAACGUACAAAUGGGUAAUGAGGAAUCUCUAGAAAAUUCUGAUGUAAAAAAAAGUUUGAUUAUGGAUAGUAAUGCUACAAAUGGAAAAAAUGAAAGUUCUAAUGAAGAAAAUAUGGUUAUAGAGGAUCAAAAAAGUAUAUCUGAAAAUAAUUUAAAUUUAAUGCCAACUCUUUCUAAAGUGUCUUUAGAACAAAAAGAAGAUAAAUGUGAAGUUUUAAAUACUUUUGAAGGUUUUACAGAGGAUGAUAUUUUAAUUCUUACGGUUAAGCUAGCACUUUUUAAAAUGAAUGGUUGUAAAUAUUCAAAGAAUUUGUCCUCUUCCAGUCUUUAUUCUCUUGAUGGAAAACAGAUUUUGAUUAAAGAUGUGUCCCAUGAUGAGGAUUAUCCUGAUAGUCCGUGUUGCCCAAAUAAAAUCUCGGAUCUGACAAUUGAGAUUUCGGAUUCCGAAGAUGAGAGCAGUAAAUCUCUUGUUACAUCGAGUGUCCAAACUGAAAAUGAUCUUUUAACUGUUACACCCAGUCCGAGCACAUCUAAAAUAAGGCCUGUGUCGCUUGUUAAACUACGUGGGUUUGAGAUUGAAAAUGAAAAAUUUAUGCAAAAUGAUGUUUUGGAUAUUAGGAAACCAUUAACUCCUAAUACACCUCUUGGAAAAGAAUCCGUCGUCUCAUCGCUAUCCCAGAAUAGUCCUGUACUAAAAGCUACCCCGGUUUCCAGGCGACAGCUGUCAUUCAUGAGCCCAACUUUUGAAAAUAAAUUUCAGUAUCAAGAUGAUGGUGCUUCAACAAGUGAUGUAAAAGCAACCAGUAGUGUGCCCAACAGCUCUUUGAAUGAUGAUUGGCAAGUUCUCCAUUAUAGGAUGCAACACAUGAUACCUAGUAACCCUGAAGACGCGUUGCACAGUGAAUUUGAACAUUCUGGUAUCAGUCCUACUCGACUGACAUUCACUACUUGUGGUCUAAACAGUAAAGAGACUGCCCUAGUAACAAAGCUUGCUCAAAUGACAAAGUCGUGUUUAACCAAAGACUUUACACACAACACGACACAUCUUGUUAUUGGUGCAACAGGAAGAGGUAGACUGGAGUAUUACCUUGCCAUUGCUUACAGAGCAUUUAUAGUUACAAUGGAUUGGGUAACACUGUGUCUUGCAUUAAAUAAAAUUCUACCUGUAACUGGAUUCAUCCCUACUGAAGAUGAAGGACCACUUAAGUGUUUAGAACCUAGUUCUCUCCCUUUUGUGGGAUUUCAUGUGUUCUCGAAGAUACUACCUACUUCAAGCAGUUAUCCUAUUGCUGAAAUUACAAAAACAUUAUUAUCUCUUGGCGGGGCUAGAGUCUUGCCCAAUUUAGAUGCAUUUCAUACGCUUCAAGAUGGAAACUACCCUCGAUUCUUCAUUUAUAAUUCUAAAUCAGUGUUGACACAACCUGUAUUAGAUAAGUGUGCCAGUUUGCAUAUCCUUCCAAUACAGUUCAUGUGGGUCUACGAAAGUAUUGGUGCUUUUAGAGCAAUUCCGGUUAUGGAUUUCUUGGAUAUAGGUAUACAUAGCCGUACACUCAUUAGGGACUAUAAAAUUCCUGAUCAGCUGGCAUGUUCUAGAUAUCCUCGCCUAGAGGGUGAGUUUCACCCUCAGAUCUUAGAUGAACGUUAUCAAAGAUCUUUGUGAGGCUUGGUAUUUGUAUAUAGGUCUUAGUCAGAUGAGCAAUUACGAACCAACAUUCUCAGGUGCACUGUAAGAACUACCUAAAAUUAUGUUGAACAUAAUGUAGAUUGUAAUUCAUUUACAAUUUUUUUAUUGAUAAAUAAAUAUUUUUAUCUGAAUCUAUUUUUCUCAGGUGUUGUAUGUAUUUAAUUGUUAAUAUAUCAAAUUAUAAUCCUGAAUAGAAGAUAGUCAUUAGCUAUUGUUUGAUGGUUACCAAAUCAUUUAAAUUGUUUCAUCUAACAUUUAUUUUAACAAUGAUUUUUAAUGAAUGUUUGAUUUUUUAAAUUUUUGUGAAAUAAAACAUAGUUUUUAAUGUUUAAAAUCAUUAUUAAAAUGAUUUAUUCUUCUAUACUUAUAAUAAUUUAAAUUUAUAUAUAUUUUGUAAAGAAGCUUGUAUGAUCUAUAUUUUGAGUACAACUCAUCAAUACAUCCUGAGGCUGUAAAUUUAUAUUGAACAGCAGUAUAGUAUUAUUUUAUUUUUCUUUGUUUUAUUAAUUUAAACGAAUAUUUGUUCAGGUUAUUUCAGAUAACCACAUAAACUGAAUAGUAAUAAAUAAAUUUGUCCAAUUAUUAAACUGUUAAAUAUUUAAUAAUUUUAUGUUAUAAAUUACAUUUGUAUUAUUUUUAAAUUAUGGCUACUUCCACCUUAAUCCCAAAACAUGAAGCAACCUAUUGAAGAUCUCAAAAAAACAGUGUUAAGUUCAAAAUAAUAAAAACUAUAAGUAAUUUUUUAAUUACUAAUCCUUAUUCCUUCUUUUAAAGUGUCGGGUGUGUGUAUGUG